AUGGUAGAUCUAAGGUCUGGAUCCGCGACAAACUCUGAAAGCACCAAUACGGAAACUGCUUCUGGCGCUGAUGGUUCUUCCAACGACACUGCUACAUCACUUGCUGACCUUGGCAACACGGAAGGCGCCCCUUCAAGCAUUACACCACCAGUCACCAGAGCCAGGGUCGCCUCCACUCCGAAUACUCCUACGCAAUCCGCCAACCCAAGCGGUACGGAAGGUGGUCCUUCAAGAAUUACACCACCAGUUACCAGAGCUCGAGCCACCGCUACUGUCCCUAACACUUCAGCAAGCACGUCACCUCCAACUGCCGCCCGAACAACGUCUACUCCACCACCAGGGCGAGAAACCAGAGGAGUCAGACCUUAUGUCACCAUCGCCGAUCUGAUGGAGAGACAAGAAGUUCUUGCUAGAGCCCAGACAGACAUGGUUUCGACCCAGAAAGAGGUGCUUGUUUUUAUCAAGGCCCUAACAGAACGGCUGCCACGGGAGUCACGCCAGCCGGGAUCAAGGACUGACACUCCCAACAACCCUGAGGCCAGCACCUCAACACUGCGGGAACUGCGCCGACCAGAGUCAAGGAUAGACAUUCCCAAUAGCCCUGGGGACGGCACCUCAGCAGAUCGCACUGACACAGGAGAAUAA